UUUUCCUGGUAUUAAACUGUGACUACUUGUUGACUAACAGAGAAUCAAUGUUUCAAAGGUUGAUGCGAUGUUGCAGUGCUCUGCGGGACACUGACCUACAGACCACACAAACUGCACACAUCUGACUGAAAACUCACCACUGUCUGCUCAGGAUGAGGGCUGCUGACUGGCUGUUAUCUUUGGCAUUCCUGCCAUUCCUCUUUGACACCAUCCGUCCAGACAUCUGCAACGCCAAACCCAAGGACCUCCCUCUGGAGCCACGCUGCAUCUACCGCAGUGCUGAACCUGAGGUCCCUGAGGACCCGACCCAAGAGCCUGAGGUGGUGCCAGAGUCCACCAACCCCCGAGUGUGGGAGCUGUCAAAAGCCAACAGCCGCUUUGCCUUGUCACUGUACAAACAGAUGGCCCUCAGCAAGACCCCCGAGUCCAACAUCUUCAUGUCCCCCAUCAGCGUCUCCACGGCAUUCGCCAUGACCAAACUGGGAGCCUGCAACCAGACGCUGCAGCAGAUCAUGGAGGUGUUUGAGUUCGACACCAUCAAAGAGAAGACGUCUGAUCAGGUCCACUUCUUCUUUGCCAAACUGAACUGCCGUCUGUACAGGAAGAAGGACGAGACCACCGAGCUGAUCUCUGCCAACCGACUGUUUGGAGAAAAAUCACUCGUCUUCAAUGAGACAUACCAGGACAUUAGUGAGAUGGUCUACGGAGCCAAACUGCUGCCUCUCAACUUCAAAGAGAACCCUGAGAUGGCCCGAGCCACCAUCAACAACUGGAUCUCCAAUAAGACGAAGAACCUGAUCCAGGACACACUGCCACAGGGAGCGCUGGACUCCACCACCAUCCUGGUCCUCGUCAACACCAUCUACUUCAAGGGUCAGUGGAAGAACAAGUUUGACAAAGACAAUGUGUUCACCUCAGACUUCCACGUAAGCGAGAGUCGUAGCUGUUCAGUCAACAUGAUGUACCAGGAGGCCAAGUUCAGGUACAAGUACUUCCCUGAUGACGAAGUUCAGCUGCUGGAGAUGCCGUACCGAGGAGACGACAUCACUAUGGUGAUCAUCCUGCCCAAGAAAGACACUCCACUCAGUAAGGUGGAGGAGAGUCUGGACCUGAAGAAGCUGAGUGGCUGGUUGGAUCAGAUGGAAGAAACCACCGUCACCAUCCAAAUCCCUCGCUUCAAGGUGGGGGACAGCUUCAGUCUGAAGGAGAAGCUGCAGGCCAUGGGACUGACCGACCUGUUCAGUCCUGAGAGGGCCAGCUUGCCAGGCAUGCUGGCGGAUGACAGUGAUGCUCUGUACAUCUCAGACGCCUACCACAAAGCUUUCCUGGAGGUGAAUGAGGAGGGCAGCGAGGCGGCUGCAGCUACUGCUGUGGUGGCCGUCGGACGUUCCAUUAACCCGUUCAGAGAGGUGUUUCUGGCUGAUCGGCCGUUCCUGCUGCUCAUUAGAGAGUCAACAAUCAACACACUGCUGUUCACCGGCCGUGUGGCUGACCCUUGCAACGAAUAAAAACAGCCCAACAGACGCUGCUGUCAGCAUCACUGCUGCUUUGUUGAGUUCAGUGUCCUCAAAAUAUACAAACUAUGUCAACAUUUUCAUGUGCAACAAGCCAGCAAACAUGGUAAAGAAUGCUGUAAAAAUGGCACCAACUGACUUAGUGGUAGUAUUUUUACAUGUAUAUUCAUUGACUGCACAUUCUGCAGCAUGAGAAAUCAUACAGCUCAGAUAAAUAGCACAGUUUUUCUCAUUGAAGGUUUGUAGUUAAUUUAAUUACAUCUGUGAUUAAUCAAAUCCACUGUGAGAAUGUGAUGCAGUCAACUAUACUGAAAGGUAACCGAUGCAUGUACAUUGUAGUUACUUUAGGGCUUCAGCAGAAAAAAACAGUUCUAUGUAUUUUCAAGUCAGUUAAAUUCGUAGUGUUUGUUUCAAUCUGGUACUUUCAGCUUCUAACUUCAUUUUCAGUCGACCCUUUGAACAGCCACUGUCUAAUCCUACGUUGGAACCAAACCUUGGUGAGGGAGGCUUGCCGCGCUUUCAGAAUGACAGAAAAUGCCUUUGGAUUAAACAAAGUGGAAGACCUCACUCACAGGAGAAUCUAUCAAAGAUCAACAAAAGCUCAUAGCUUGGCACACGGUUGUUAGAAGAUGGAUGUAGCCACCAUGCUGUAUUGAAAGGAGAAUUAGUGAUCAAAAUGAUGACAUAAUUAGAAAAAUGUUUACUGAACUGAUAAAUUAAAAGUAGAUUAAAUUUAUCCUAGACUUCUAAUAAAUCAGAUUUCUCCUUCAAACCAGAGGAUUUGCCCCUGGACGUUAGAAAGAAUACAGGUAUAAGGCACUUCUGCACUGGCUUCACUUUUCAGACCCAGUGACCACAUCCAACUGUUGUAUAAAAGAUAUGAUCAAAACUAAAUGUUAGCUUGAAAUAAAAUUCUAUAGACUUACCCUGCUCUGCAAAAAUACUGUUUAUUAUAUGUAUUUGGGUGCUAAACAGACAGCUUUCAUUACAAUUCACUUUUAUUUAUGUAGCACCAAUUCCAAUUCACGCUGUCUUAACCCAUAAGUACCCACGGUGACACCAGUGUAACAAGCACUUUGAAUGCCCCAGUCUCUUCCUUGUAAAGCUUUAUGUCUGACCUUAACUCAUUAAGUCCUUUAAGGAAAAUUGGGUCUGGGUUCUUAUGGGUUAAGAUGCUUUAUAGAACCCAUGUCUGAACCCCCAGAGCAACCCUAAUUCAACAGUGGCAAGAAAAAACUUCUUUUUAACGGGAAGAAACCUUGAACAGAAUCCAGCUCAUAUAGGGGGACCUAUCUGCAAUUACAAUUACAUAGAAGUCUAUUUGAAAAUAACACUUGAUCUGUCACUUUAGCAAAUAUUUUCCAAAUCAGUUUCUGAUUUCAAUUGUUAACUUUAAGUCUUGUUCAAUGCACUAUGGAAUUAAUUUGGAAUAUUACAGUCCUGUUUAUAGGAAAAGAGUUCAUAGAGUAUGUUUAGGGUCAAAGCCAACAAUUCAAAAUGGUCAUCCAUUAAACAAGAGGUAAUGAAAUGCCUAAGGCCACCUUUUGUAUUCAGUCAGUGGUUACAGACGAAGCCGUAUUUCUUCAGUCAAAUCAUAGCUCAGUUUUGCAACACCUGGUAACUGCAGAAGUACUUCCUGGGGUGUAGAUAGCCCUGUUUACAAGAUCAUAACAUUCAUCAAUAUGCUCUCAGGAUUAGAGCUGUAUAUCGGAUUUUUUGUCAUGUGACUGAAAGCUUAUUCUUUUGUGUACAGUGCCACCAUGGAACCAGUGUAAUAAAUGUUGGUACACAGAGAGACGAGUCACUGCAGGUUGACACUUAAAGUGCUUUAUUUCCUUUGAAGGAGAUGUGACCUGUGAGUGAUCUAGUGGUCAUAGUGAAAGGAGCUUCUUCACAUUUUCUAAACUAAUGGACCUUUGGCCUCACCCCACCCACCCCCUCCACCAACAGGUUUUAGCAACAGAGACAUGCAACAUAAAAGAUCUUAACAUAAAACCUUUUAGGUUUGUCUACGACAGAACUUGUUAAGUACCUCCUCGUUAAAAAAAUGUACAAUAAUAAAGUUAAUUUACUAAACUCCA